AGUUGCUACUGUUACCAUAAGAGCCAGCUCCGACUUUCUUUAAUUUCUUGCUUCAUAUCCACUAGCUACAUCUGUUGCCAAGUUAAUUUCAGUCCUAAUGGGGUUUCAUCUCCCACUCAUCUUUGCUAUUCUCAGUCUAGCAGCGGUUGCACUGGCAAACAAUGCUGCUCAACCAGCACCUCAACUUUACUGGAACUCCGUCCUGCCAAACACACAGAUGCCAAGAUCUAUCAGUGAACUUCUGCAUCCUGACUCCACAAAUGAAGAAAAGAGCACAAAUAUCGUGAAUGCUGUUGGGAAUGGAAAGGGCAAACCUAAAAUUUUCCCAUUUUCAGGUUACAGUCGAAAAAAUUAUGAAGGAAGUCCUCCUCCACACGUUCAAAAAAAUUACGGUCAAAAAAAUUAUGAAGGCGUUAAAGUUUACGGUCAAAAAAAUUAUGAAAGAGGUGCUUCUCCAUCUGACAGUCAACUACUCCAUUAUAGAGACUUGGCUAUUUUCUUCUUCGAGAAGGACAUGCGCCCUGGCGCAACAAUGCAGUUCCAAUUCCCUAGAAAUUCAAACACGGCUACUUUCCUGCCACGUGAAAGUGCUCAAUCGAUCCCCUUCUCCUCUAACAAACUACCAGAAAUUUUCAACCAUUUUUCAGUGAAGCCAACAUCUGUGGAAGCCAAAACAAUUAAGCAAACAAUCGAAGAGUGUGAAGCUCCAGGCCUUAAGGGAGAGGAAAAAUAUUGCGCCACAUCUUUAGAAUCAAUGGUUGAUUUUAGCACUUCGAAGCUUGGAACAAGAAACGUUGAAGCAAUCUCGACGGAGAUAUUGGAAAAAGGAGCCACCAUGUCCAUGCACAACUAUACAACAAUGCCAGGACUGAAGAAGUUGGCAGGUGACAAAGUCGUUGUGUGUCAUAAGGAGAACUAUCCCUAUGCUGUGUUUUUCUGCCAUGCAAUAAAACAAACAGCAGCUUAUGUUCUCUCCCUGAAAGCCGAUGAUGGGAUGAAGGUUAAAGCAGUAACCAUCUGCCAUCUAGACACAUCAGAAUGGGACCCAGAGCAUUUGUCCUUCCAAAUCCUCAACGUUAAGCCCGGAACCACUCCCAUCUGCCAUUUCAUUUCCACUGAUGCUAUUGCCUGGGUUCCGAACCACAAAUCUGCAUGAUCAUCACUUAGCACUGUACGUAUAAUAAGCUUGGUCGGGUUGCACCCUAGGCCUGCAUAAUUAUCUCCCUACUUAUUUCUGCCUCUUCAUCAUGUGGUGUAAUUAUGUAACUAUGUAGACUUCAACUUGUACUCAUAAUAAAGCAUGCUGUUGGGGGGUUCUACUUAAUUUCGUUCUCUCCAAUGUUUAA